CUCUUCUCUGGACCUUCUCCAAUUUCUCUACAUCUUUCUUGAAAUGUGGUGCCAAGAACUGGACAUGAUACUCCAAUCGAGGCUUGAUCAGUGCAGUCGAACGGAAGAAUGACUUCUCAUGUCUUGCUCACAACAUUCCUGUUAAUGCAUCCCAGAAUCAUAUUUGCUUUUUUUGCAACAGCGUCACACUGUUGACUUGUAUUUAGCUUGUGGCCCACUAUGACUCCUAGAUCCCUUUCUGCAGUACUCCUUAGAUUGAUGAGGAGUAUCAGGAAACCUUGACACAACAUCGGUCAGCAUGAUAGGUGGUAGUAUUAGUACACAGUGCCUAACCUUUGUCAAGAGUUUUGAAAGCAUCACGGCAAAGGGGAGGUUGAAGAUAGGAUUUUGAGGAAGAUAAGAGCUAGUGAAGGAAGUAUGAAAUGCCUUUUUUGUAUAAUAUGUGCUUAGUUUGGUGAGUCUUAAUCUGCCACUGGGAAUUUCCAAAUUUUAUAAUUUAAGUAUUUCCUAUUAAAAUAGCAUGCCAUCUGAAUUUUUUAAAAAUAUCACAAGAAAUAUAUAUCUGAAUUACAGCAAUAUAGAUUCAAAUUAACAGCAUCUGUAGAUGUUUUUCAGCAGCAACUCCACUUAAAAAUGUGAGGUGAUCCCACAUAAGCUCCUCAGAGUUAUCCUCACGUAAGUCCAUGGAAGAAAUGAGUGACCAGCCAGUUUCAUCUUUGUGGGACCAGGGAACAACAAAAACAUAUCAAAUUCCUAUUAAUCAUUUUGAUUACAAGUUCAUUGAAAAGUGCUCAGAUGUUAAACACCUGGAAAAAAUUCUCAGGAUAUUGAGAUCUGGUGAGGAAGGAUAUUACCCUGAUCUUACAUUAUUCUGUGAAAAACGCAUUGAAUGUUUAGCUCCGGGGAGUAGAGCCCUGCGAAAAGAUAAACCUCCAGCCUCUGUGUCUGAUUUUACAGCUGAAGAAUGGGAAAAAAUUAAUGAUGAAAUGAAGAGCUGGGUAACAGAAAUGAAGGAAGAAGAUUAUAAAAUACAAUUUCCUAUAACAGAAACACUUCAUGAGAGACUAGACAAUUUGCCAGCAAUUCGUGGUUCAAAUAGCUGCCUUCAUGAUGGCCAGAACAAAGAAUAUAAACAAAGAAAGAAGAAAAAUAUACCACGAGAUUACAGGGAAUGGGACAAGUUUGAUGUGGAAAAGGAGUGUUCAAAAGUUGAUGAGGGCAAUGAAGAAAAUAAUUCAAAAACAUGUUGCAAUAUUAGUUCAGAUUUACCUGUAGUUGAAAAGGAAAUAGACACAGCAGGUAUGACUAAGAAAGAAAAAAAAUUUAUUGCUAAUCGUGAAAAAGAAAAAGGUAAUGAAGCUUUUGCCACUGGGGAUUAUAAAGAAGCAGUGACAUAUUACACUCGGAGCAUAUCAGUAUUGCCCACUGUGGCAGCAUAUAACAACAGAGCUCAAGCAGAAAUCAAACUUCAGAACUGGCACAAUGCUUUUCAGGAUUGUGAAAAAGUGUUAGAUAUGGAGCCUGACAACCUAAAAGCUCUUAUGCGCCGUGCCACUGUACACAAGUAUCUAGGGAAUUACCAGGCAGCUAUAGAGGAUUUGACCAAAGUAUUACAUGUUGAACCAGAAAAUGCCAUAGCUAAGAAAAAUCUGUCAGAUAUUGAACAGAAGCUGAACGAUUUAGAGCCUGUUUCUGAGAUUUACACCAAAGGAAAAAGAAUACUUAUUCAAGAUAUAGAGGAGUCAGAUGAUGAUGGAAGAGGAGAAAAUGAAGAACAUGAAAAUGGCAGUGGAGAUAAAAAAACUGGUGUAUCACUGGAAGACAAGAUUGCGAGGAAAAGUGAAAUGGGGAAUCUACAAAAAAAGUUUUCUGUCAAAGGAGAUGGUUGUAAGGCAAGUCGUCAGAAGCAGGCAGAGAGUAGCGUAAGAAAAGAUAUAUCUGAGAAAAAGGCAAUUGAACAUUUACCGGACUGUGAAGGUGAAGUUAAUGGUUAUCUAAACAACGGUAAAAAAAAGAAUGAAAGCAAUGAUGUUAAGGAGACCUCCAGUUCAUGUUGUACAGAAUCUUCAUCAGCUGGGAAAAGCAGUUUUAAUUUGCUUCCACCUACUGCGGCAAAACUGAAAAGUGAAGGAAAUGAGUUAUUUAAGAAUGGACAGUUUGGAGAAGCUGUGGCCAAGUACUCAGAGGCAAUUGAAAAUGUCAUUAAUUUAGGAGUGAAAAGUCAAGAUGAUCUAAGUAUCUUGUAUUCAAAUAGAGCAGCAUGUUUCCUUAAGGAAGGCAACUGCAGUGACUGCAUUCAAGAUUGUAGCAGAGCUUUAGAACUUCAUCCAUUUUCCCUUAAACCUCUUCUGCGACGAGCAAUGGCAUACGAGUCCAUGGAGCGAUAUCGGCAGGCAUAUGUUGAUUAUAAAACAGUGCUACAGAUAGACAGUGGGAUCCAAGCAGCAAAUGACAGCAUUAAUAGAAUAACAAGAACUUUAAUAGAUCAAGAUGGUGCAAAUUGGAGAGACAAGUUAUCACCAAUUCCAGUUGUCCCUGUUUCUGCUCAUCUACACAAAUGGGAUGGGAAAAGCUUUACGUCAGAGAUUAAGCAAAAUAAGACUGCAGACUUCAGUGGAGACAGACAAUCAGAGAUGAACAGUAAAAAAGCUGAGGAGAAUUUCAAGAUCCUUAAGAAUGAAGGAAAUGAAUUUGUAAAGAAGGGUAAAUAUAAAGAAGCUCUAAUGAAAUACAAUGAGUGCAUGAAGUUAAAUUCAAAGGAAUGUGCUAUCUAUACUAACAGGGCUCUCUGUUACUUAAAAUUGUAUCAAUAUGAAGAGGCUAAACAGGAUUGUGAUCGUGUUCUUCACAUAGAAAACUCUAACAUCAAAGCUUUUUAUAGAAGAGCUCUAGCAUACAAAGGACUACAGAAUUACCAAGCCAGUGUUGAUGAUCUUAGCAAAGUACUUAUAAUAGAUCCAACUGUGGCUGAAGCAAAGAGGGAACUACAAAAGAUCACCCAGUUGCUUAACCUUAAAAAUGAUGUUGGAACCAAUAACCAACAGAAGCAAAGAAAGACAAUCAAAAUACAAGAGGUUAAUGAGAUAAAUGAAGAAGAAAGCAAGGCUAAUACCUCAGACGAUGCUGUGCUGAAUUGCCAUGUUGCCAAAGGAGCAGCUGAAAACAGUGUGCCAUUGAAAAUCUCUGAAAAACUACUCAUUUCAGAACCAUCUAAUGCCUAUGAGUUUGGUCAGAUUGUAAAUGCAGUGAAUGCCAAGAGGGAUGAAGCUGCCUGUGCAGAUCUUUUAACCAUUAUUGAUCCCCAAAAAUUGCCAGUGCUGCUAAGUAACAAACUAGACGGGAAUACCUUUCUGAUCUUCAUGCAGGCAUUGGAACGUCAUCUACUUGGAAAAAACCCUGGCCUUGUGUAUCAGCACCUUCUUUAUCUGAGUAAAGUUGAGAGGUUUAAGGUAGUGCUGACACUUCUUAGCAAGAAUGAAAAACAGCAGGUUCAGGAGUUGUUUGACUCUCUGUCAAAAAAGCAAAAUCACCAAUUUUCUUUAGAAGACCUGGAGAGCCUUAAAAGGGUUUAUGAACUCUAAACAGAAUGUUAACUUUUGCAUGUAUAUAGUUGAUGUUGGUAGACUGGAUGUAUGAACUAUGAAGACUUGUAGGGGAUAAAGUCAGUCUUUUACCUGGAUUGUUGAGCAUGCUGUAUUUUGUACAGUAUGUGCACAUUUAAAAUCUGCUGCUGUUUUAUCUUGCAUUUGUAUAUAUUUGUAACCUAUUGUGUGCUAAUGCACAUCUUCAUAUUUAAUACAUAGGUCAUAUUAUUUGAUGAUAUAAUGAUUAAAUUAGAAUAUAUUGAUUUUAUAUAUAGAGUGUAAAAACAUUCUAAUGGUACAGCAUGUGUCAGACUUCUAGCCAUUCAUUUGUCACCUCAUUUUAGGUCAGAUUAUAUUUUCUAAUGCUAAGAAGUGUCCUCAAGAUAAGUGGGUUAUUAGUUAGAAAUAGCUUUACUAAAAUGUGGGCUUGUCUACAUGGUGAGUUAGUCUACAUUAGAGGCAUGUAAACUCUAUUGCACAUUGAUGUGCACCACAGUGGCCCAUGUGAAGCCUUCUAAUGUGUAUUAAAAAUUUCCUAAUGCCCACUAAUGUUGUGUUGUUUGAAACAGUGCUACAAUAACGCUCACUAGAGAACCUUUAGUCCAUGCUGGCAGAGUCAGUGCAGGCUAAUUAGUGCACCAUAUACUAGUGUGCACUACAAUUCGCACUCCUCUAGUGCUAACACAUCACAUAAACAAGCCUUGUGUUUGCAAAAAAUAUUCUGUUAACUUUUUCUGAUGUUAAAUAAUUACAUCUUUCUUGGAAUGUACAAAACAUAUUUUUAUACUCUGUGCCACACAGGUUAACAACAAAGAUGAAUCAAAGUAGACUAGUUUGUCAUGGAACUCUUUAAAGCAAUAUAAUUGUUAAAUUGUGAAGUUUCUGAAAUAGGGAAGAGGAGAAUAAUUUAUUGUCAAAUGUGGGGAAAUUUUUUGACAGGAUUGCUGAUACUUUUGAAAACAGUACUUAUUUGUGGUGACAAUGUUGUAGUGAUUGACCCUUCAUAGUAUGCUAUUAUUGAAAUACUAGGUGCUAGUUUAAUAUUUUAUUUGGUUGUAAUUAAUUUUUGCUUAAUUUAUAAGGAGAAUGUGUACUCCUGAGGGAAUUCUGCACAAAAAAAUUAAAUUAUGUGCACAGUUUUUUAAGGUUAUGCAAAAUUCUGCAUAUUUUGUCAAAGUGCAGGAUCCAGCCUGGCAGGGAGAAGCUAGACUACUGGUUGCAUGAAGGUUGGAGAUCACCCUAGAACUUCUACCCAAGAGGAGACACACUUGGCAGUGAGGAUUCACUCAACCCUGACACAGCACAAGGGCUGGGUCUGCCCUCAAAAUAGCCCAGGGUCCUGUUCCUCAAUGCUAGAUGUCACAAUAUAGCAAGUGAAAAGGAUAAUCUCUCUCACUCCCGGCCCUAGUCCCAACUCAGGUAUGAGGCAGGCAGGCUCUACCCAGCAUGAUACAAAUGUGGAGUGGCUUAGUGUUGGGGGAGGUUCAGGUGUGGCGUGAGAGUGUUCUGGGCUGGGUAAUAUUAGUGCAAACUAUGCAAUGUGGAGGCCUAAAUGUGGGGGAUUUGGAUGCGCAGGUGUUCCUUUGGGGGUUCCAGCUGGAGAGGAAAUGGGACUCUGCGGGGAAGUCCAGGUGAAGGUGGUUGGGGCUCAGCGGGGGAGGGGGGGAGGUGCAGCUGGUUACAACUUGUUGGAGUGAGGGAGACUUUGGGGAGUAGUCUGGUUGUGAGGGGAGGGGCUCAGUAAGUAUCCAAAGGCAUGGAGGUUGAGAAGAUGGGGAGCACAUUCCUGUACUAUAACCCUCUCUAUCUGUGGCAGAGGAGUGAUGAGGGCAGGAAGUAGAUGGGUUGGAGGUGAGUUUCUACUCUUAUUUAUCUCUAAUCCCAAAGACGACAGACUUUUAGUGCCUCAGUGAGUUCGUCUGUUGUUUCAAGUUCAAGAUGAUGGUUGUGACCUCUGUAAUCCCCUUCAUUAGAUCCUCAUCACUUGUUUGUGGCUCUAGAAUCGCAGGACACCUAUUUCUACCUGUUCAUACAUCCAUCAUAUAGGAACUCUCUCAACUUGAUGAAUUGUGAGCGGCCUGUGGGCUAGAAGUUCUCCGCCCUUGCUGUAAUUUUUGAUGUUGCAAAAUGUGAUAACCAGUUCUUACCCAAGCCAAGAUUUCCUGUUGCUCCAGCCCCAGCCUGAUUCAGCAAUCCUGUCUGUUACUGACUAAUGUAAUGAUGAUUCUCUUGGGUAUGGAAUCAUCAAGAGCAAGACCUAUAAUUCACUAGUGGUGCAGCUGCAGUGGCUGUCAUGACAAUGGAAUUUGAGAGCUGCUCUUGUGCCUGUUGCUUGCUAGGGGUGCAGAACGUGCCUUUUCUAAAGGGGUCAAAUUUAUGCUAAAUAAUUCAUAUGCAGUUUGUUCCCAGGCCCAUGACUCAACUGCAAAGACCACAUUUUAGCAGAACUUCGCUAAUGCAAAGUUCACUGACAUCAGUGUUCAACAUCUAACCUGCUACAUGUCAAGCAACUACUCUUCCUCCCUUUAAAUCAUUAAAGCAGCAUGUGAUGCGUUUUGCUAUUGAUGUGAUCCUGAAAG